AUUUGUUCGUUGAAGAUUCCAAGUCAAAAGAGUCUUCGGAGAAACUUUAACUAGAAAAGUAGAAGCGUUCCAUAAUCGCACUCGACUAUAGAUCGAUUUUCAGCGAAUUUUGAUGGAGAAUUCCGACGAUCUAUGUAGCAUGGAGGGCGACGGAGACGGCAGAAGAAACAGCAACAAUGCUUCCCGUGCUCCGUCGACGUCGACUUCUCCGGCGUCGAGCUCUCCGUACAAAUUGUUCCGCCGGCAAUCCUCGUUCCACCAGAUGAUGGGAGGUGGUAAAGCUGCUGAUGUAAUAUUGUGGAGGUGGAGACGUGGUUCGUUUGGUAUAAUUGUCAUAGCUACUGUUGCGUGGCUCUUGUUUGAGCACUCGGGGUUGCCUUUCUUAUCAGUUUGUUCCGACAUCUUGCUGGUUUUAACCGUCCUACUUUUUCUUCGUGCCAACUAUGCUGCCUACAAAAAUAAACAACCUCAGACAUUGCCUCAGCUAGUCUUGUCGGAAGAAAUGGUCAACAAUGCAGCUGCAUCGUUUCGUGUCAAAAUCAAUUAUAUGUUGCUAAUGGCUCACGAUAUCACUCUCGGGAAAGAUUUGAAACUUGUUUUCAAGGUUGUGAUUGUUCUGUGGCUUCUGUCUACCAUUGGCAGCAUGGUCUCUAUUUUCACACUCACCUAUAUAGGGACUAUUAUGUUCAUCACAGUGCCCGCGUUGUACAGCAGAUUCGAAGCUCAUGUUGAUCGAUGCGCUGGAAAGCUACACCAGCAGUUUUCGCGGCACUACAGAAUAGUGGAUGAGAGCAUCGGCAGAUUACCUCGGAAUGUAGCCAAGGACAAAGAUCAUUAAGGUUUUGUCCUAUAAAUCUCAGGUGCUAAACUUCAUCACCUCUUAGCUCCAUUUCUUCCCACAUUUGACUAACGGCUUGAAUCAAGUCUCGUUAACCCAUGUAUGUUUGAAUCAAUUCUCGUUAACUGAAGUAAGAGAGUUAUACUUCUGUGUUCCUUUGUUAGAUUACGUAAGAGUUUUUUGUCAGUUUUGGUCCCUCAACUAUUAUUCACUGUCCAUAUUGUUAAAGUAUGUUUUUGUUACCA